AUGCUUUCCGAUAUCUACAGUAAGAAGAUCACCGCAUCACUGAAUGUUCAGCGAUGUCGCGAAAAGUUGGAGAAUAAGUACGUAAACCAAUUGUGCAAAAUUCAAAUGAAGCCAUGGGACAAGAAUUAUAAUGCUGAGUUCGAAGAGAUGCACACGGUGGUUACAAUGGUGAAGAAGGACGCUCGUGAACAAGACACGAACAAGAAGGAAAUACUUCAGGGUUCUGUUACUGAAAUAUUUUCAACGAAAGUAAACGGAAGACUGCCAACUCGAAUCCUCAUUUCGGCCCCCGCUGGAAGAGGGAAGACCACAGCUGUCGCAAAGAUGGCUUACGACUGGGUUCACAGAGAAAAAGGUUCAGGAUUAGAAGAACUGCCACUUCUGUUUGUUGUGAAAUUCCGAAGCACAAGCAAGCUUACAUCGAUCGGAGAAGCUAUCAAGUCCCAGCUUUUGAGUGAUGUUGAGGAUCUUACACCAGAGGGUCUGGAGAGUUUCAUUAGAGAGAAUCAGGGAAUUUGUCACAUCAUACUAGACGGACUAGAUGAGUAUGCCGGUAUUUCCUCAGAGAGCAAUAUGGUCAGUGUCAUCCGCUGGGAGGAAUUUCCAGAGUGUCGAGUCCUUGUAACAACACGCCCUCACCUAGAGAACUUCUUCAAUCAAGGUGAUCUUCCCACGGUAUACACAAAGAUGUGGAUCGAAGGAUUCUCGAGAGAGAGCUCACGUGAGUACAUCGACAAGUUCUUUGCUUCGACUUCGAAUCCUUGUCGUGGACAUGGACAUGGUCUGAAGGUUUACUUUGAUGAACAACCACUCAUUAAUGAACUUUCUAAAACACCUCUAUUUUGUCUCAUGGUCUGUCAUUUAUGGAGCGAUGGGAGUUUGAACAAUGAAACUGCAACUCAAACAGAAUUAUUAGACAGCGUGAAUGUUUUUUUGAUGCACCAUGCCAAUGCUCGAUCGAAAUCAAAAGGCAAAAUAACGGUCGAAAAAUUAGGCACAAUCGUUUGCAAACUGGGUAAGGUUGCUCUGGCUGGUCUACUCGGUGAUUCUAAGAAGCUAGUCUUCACGCCCCAUGAUUUCCGAGGAGUGUCUGCUAUCCUUGAUAGGGCAUGUGAGCUUGGGAUAUUAUCCAAGACGACUGAUACAACAAAAAAUCUCCCUAAAACUCACAAGACCACUUCCACUUCCAUUGAGUUUUAUCACAAACUCGCUCAGGAACACUCGGCUGGGAAACACCUUGCUGCUCAAUCGAAAAAGCGGCUGUGGCCCUGGCAGACUUCUAUGCUGGACAGAGUUCUGCACAAGAUCAACGCAAACAUCGGUGACUAUGAAAAUCUUAUCCGAUUCGCGGCUGGCACGGAUAACAGCCUCUGUGCACGAAUUAUGGAGGCGCUCCUUUCCAACAACUUUUUAGAUGAGAGCGAGCGAUAUCGCAUUCUCCUUGACUGCUCCUCCGAGAGCAGGGGUAUUGAAGGAAACGUUUCUUCGUUGGUUCAAAGAUGCCUGAAUGCGCAGAGUAUGGUUCUCAAGUCACCGACGUUCUACACUGUCGUUGGGAUUCAAAACCUUCCACAUCAACUGAAACGUGAGGUUCGGACAGUAAAGUUCGAGGGGUCUUCUCUAACUACCGACGUAACGAGUGGACUAUGGCCCCGCCUCGGAUCAUUUUCGAUGCUACAUACUCUCACCAUCUCAGACUCCUCUCUAAGUUUUCCUUCAUCUCCUCCUGAGCUUCCAUCCGUCACAAAGCUAUUAGCCGAGGGAGUGACGUCACAAAGCUAUGAAGGUCUGCUCUCAUCACUCCCUGGCUUGAGAGGAAUCGAUAUCACUAUCGAUGAUGCAGAGAGAGACAUACCUCAGAUCACGGCUGGUCUUCGUAGGACCGAAAGACAGCAGCUCACACGCGUCAACCUUACAGCACCGUCAUCACUCCCACCAGAGAAGAAGAACAUAUCGAGAGAGACGCUGAAGGGACUAGGUCGUUUGGUCCGAGAACACACUAAGAAUCUGCAUAUGAUAGGUCUGUCCGGGAUUAAGUGCUUGGACGAGGAAGGAUUGGUAGAACUUGUCGAGUCGUCGACAUGUUUGAAUUCAUUGGAUAUUCAGACCACUAAUGGUGGAUCUUUUCACUACGACACACAAUCAGAUGUCCAGCUUCCAUCUGUCACAAAGCUAUUAGUUGAGGGAGUGACGUCACAAAGUUAUGAAGGUCUGCUCUCAUCGCUCCCUGGCGUGAGAGAAAUCGAUAUUACUAUCGCUGAUGCAGAGAGAGACAUACCUCAGAUCACGGCUGGUCUUCGUAGGACCGAAAGACAGCAGCUCACACGCUUCAACCUUACAGCACCGUCAUCACUCCCACCAGAGAAGAAGAAUAUAUCGAAAGAGACGCUGAAGGAACUAGGUCGUCUAAUCCGAGAACACACUAAGAACCUGCAUAUGAUAGGUCUGUCCGGGCUGAAGUGCUUGGACGAGGAAGCAUUGGUAGAACUUGUCGAGUCGUCAACAUGUUUGAAUUCAUUUGAUAUUCAGACCACUAAUGGUGGAUCUUUUCACUACGACACACAAUCAGAUGUCCAGCUUCCAUCCGUCACAAAACUCUCAGUUGUGAGAGUGACGUUACAAAGCUAUGAAGUUCUGCUCUCAUCGCUCCCUGGCUUGAUAGAAAUCGAUAUUACUAUCGAUGAUGCAGAGAGAGACAUACCUCAGAUCACGGCUGGUCUUCGUAGGACCGAAAGACAGCAGCUCACACACAUCAACCUUACAGCACCGUCAUCACUCCCACCAGAGAAGAAAAAUGUAUCGAGAGAGACGCUGAAAGGGCUGGGUCUUCUAAUUCAUGAACACACUAAGAACCUGCAGCAGAUAGAUAUAUCAGGAGUGAAGUGCGCAGACGAGGAAGACUUGGUUUACCUCAUCGAGUGCUCCAGACAUAUGAAGACGAUGUCACAUUUAUGGUAG